AUGCGGCAGAAACGCGCAAAGGCUUACAAGCGAGUCAUGGCACUCUAUGUGGGGACCUUUGGGUUCCGCACGCCAUACCAGAUCCUUUUGGGAGAUGACUUUCUCGUGGAAGCGGCCAAGCAGAAGGACGUCGAUUGGUGGAAGAUGCUCGGGACGACUGUGCAGGGGGAAGUUAAGCCGAUGAUCACGCAGUGUUGCAUCGAGGCGCUGUAUCGCAAGGGAAAGGAGUUCCAGCACGUUGUCGACAUGGCCAAGCGCGCCGAGCGUAGGAAGUGUAACCACCGCGAGGCGGUUGCGCCGGGAGACUGUCUCAAGGACAUGGUUGGCGAAACCAACAAGCACCGCUACGUCCUUGCCGUGCAAUCCCAGCCCCUUAUCACGAACCUCUCAAGAGCCCCUGGCCUCCCAGUGAUGCACUACAACGCGCGUGGCGUGCUGGUCCUCUCGCCUCCCUCGACAGCGACGAUCCGAGCCAAGAACGCCGCUGAAGAAGGCCGUCGUACGGAAGGCACAAAGCUCCUGGAGGGAAUCAAGGACGGGGCGAAUGUCGUUGGAGCAUCGGAGCCGCAGGAGGGGAGGCGGAGGAAGGUCCAGGGUCCGAAUCCGCUUAGUGUUAAGAAGAAGAAGGUGGUGGAGGAGGAGGGAAAGAAACGCAAGGUUGAAGAGGAAGAGGAAGUUGGAGAAGAGGACGAAGGGAGGCGGAAGAAGAAGAGGAAGCGCGGGCGUGGUAAGGGCGCAGUGGCUACUGCUAUUGCUGAAAUCAAUGCUGCGGGGGGAAUUGGCAUGGGCGCUGCAGAGGAAGGGAGCGAGUCGGACUAG